GAAUAUUCCAGAAAGCGCUCGAAACCGGCGCAGGGGGUAUAAAAAAACGUGCUCCUGCCGGUGCUUGGCAGACCAUAAGCAUUGACUGGAGCGUGUGCUGAGUUAACUUGCUGAUCGUCAUGUCGCUGUUUCCUCUUCUGAACGAAACGUCGGACCUAGCCCGUCUUCUUGGGGGCGGCAGCUACCUCGAUGGUGAGCUCUUCGAUCCUCCUUUUUAUCACCAGCGGUUCUACAUCCAGCCGCUGCAGAAUCAGCAGAACCAAAACCGCCAGGUGUGCCCGAUGAGGGGAGGUUCUGCGUCAACCAUCUGCACUAACGAGGAUAAGUUUGCCGUUCGGCUUGACGCGCGCAACUAUGCGCCCGAAGAGCUCACUCUGAAGACUGUCGACAGCUGCCUCGUGAUUCAUGGCAAGCACGAAGAAAAGUCCGACGACCGUGGCUGCUACGUUUCCCGGGAGUUCACACGCCGCUAUGUGCUUCCCGAAGACGUCGACCCGCAGACCAUCAAGUCGCACCUGACUCCCGGCGGCGUCCUGGCCAUUGAGGCGCCUCGCAAGAAAAAAGACAAGCAUGCCAACCUCAUCCCUAUCAAAGUUCAUCACGAAGGCAAAGCCAGUGGCGACAGCUAGAAGUCAACUUGAAUAGUUACCGCGGUUUCUCCACAUUCCGGGGCUCGAAUGCCUGUAUUAUAUGUUCCUGUUCAUAUUUCGUUUAUCACGCAUGGAACUUGAGUGACGUUGUCAUGUUAAUUUAUUAUUGUCGAGUGAGUGCAAUAAACGUUUCGUUCAAGACA